CCAUGGAAGGUUUAAUUCCUUAUCUGAUCCAUGCCAUGAAGAAAGAAAAGCCUACUCACCGUUACCGGUCAAUGUCCGUUGGGUCUAGCCGCGGCUACCAUUUGUUAUUGGGACAGUCACCGGCGGACUCCGUCGAGGGGUCGUCGCAUAGGCGGACGAGGUCGGAGUUUCAGCCUCCGACGGCGGAGUAUUUCGAGCAAAGGUCGGGUCUUGGUAUGGUUAGCCCAAGGGGCAACAACUACGGUUCUUCUUUAAACUACACUUCACCGGCUGGCGGCUCCAAAGUUGGUUCGUAUCAGCAGAACUCAAAGGCGAAUAACGUUCAUGUUUCUGAUGCUCGGCGACGACGAUGAACUUUUGCUGAAGAA